AUGUUGCUACUAAUAUUUCUCAUCUCGAUUCUGGCAUCCACAAAUGCUGGACUUCUAAAUAACUUAAUAAAUGAAAUACCUAAAUUGAAUCCAUUAGAACAGAUACCAUUUAUUCCGGAUUUGUUAAUACCUACAAUUCCUGAAGAGGCACGGUUUACUACGAUGGAAUUUAUAAAUAAAUAUGGUUACGAUGGUGAGACACAUAAAGUGACUACUAAAGACGGUUAUAUUUUGGAACUGCACCGGAUAACAGGACAAACUAAUUUCAACAACUCGCAAGUGCAAAAACCUGUGGUAUUUGUGAUGCACGGUAUUUUGUGCAGUUCGGUGUGUUGGGUCAUUUCUAGACCGGAGAGAAGUAUAGCGUUCCUUCUGGUGAAUGAGGGCUAUGAUGUAUGGCUCGGUAACACACGUGGCAAUUCAUACGCUAAUAAUCAUACAUCUCAUAAUAUCAAGGAGAAAGAUUACUGGAAUUUCAGCUGGCACGAGAUUGGCAUAUAUGAUCUUCCAGCAAUGAUAGACCAUAUUGUAAAAACCACUGGCCAGAAGAAAAUUUUCUAUAUAGGGCACAGUCAAGGUACCACCUCCUUCUUUGUCAUGGCGACAAAACGACCUAAAUAUCAGAAUUAUAUCAAGGAGAUGUAUGCUCUAGCCCCGAUUGCUUAUUGCGGUAGAAUGAAGAGUCCCUUUCUGCAAAUACUGGCACAGUUUACCGGUAUUGACCAAUAUUUCUGGAAUUUAAUUGGUAUGUACAAAUUCAAUCCUAAUGACGAUUUCAUGAAAACAAUUCGACAAUUAGUGUGCGCGGAAAAAGCUGCUACUCAACAAAUAUGUUCUAAUUUUAUGUUUUUACUAUGUGGAUUCAACGUUGAACAAUUUGAUAUGACUCUUUUACCAAUUAUCGCAGCACAGUUUCCUGUUAGUAUAUCCACGAAACAACUUGUCCAUUACGGGCAGCUCAUUCAGUCCGUAAAUCUGUCAACAGGUUCGCUAUUAUUGUCACCGGGGAAAUUUAAACAAUUCGACUAUGGAAUAUUAGGUAACACAAAUACAUACAAGUUACUCUCUCCACCGAAUUACGACUUAAGCAAUAUCAAAGCUCCGGUAUAUCUAUUUUAUAGUGAUAACGAUUGGUUAGCGAAUGUCAAGGAUGUGGAAAAAUUAUAUAGUGAGCUGGGUAAUCCGUCCGGUAAAACUUUGAUUGCGCAUAAGAAAUUUAAUCAUAUAGACUACAUGUGGGCUAAGGAUGUGAAGAAGCUUUUAUAUGACCGGCUAAUCAGAAGAAUGAAGAAGUCCUCAUAAUAUAAAGUGCCUCAUAAUAAAGAGUCUAUUUUUCUAAAUUUUUACAGUGAUUAAUCUACGAAAUUUCAUCAAGAAUAUACCUUUCUCGUC